AUGCUGGACACAGGUCGCAUCUUCUGCCUGGUGCUGCUUAUCGCCGGGUGUUGCGCGCUGCCCGCCAACACUAACGCUCAAACGAAACAGGACAGCAGCAACAACAACAACCGGACAACCGAACUGUUCGCCUACCCCGCCGAACAGUCGGCCAUCGAGUCGAAGCAAAACGCACGGAACCGUACCCCGAUCUUUAUCCCCAAGCAGUGUGCCGAAAACGAGAUCCUCUAUCCGGGCGACCACGAGAACGAUUGGGUGUGUGACUGUAAGCCAACGUACGUGUACCAUCCGGAAACGCAACAGUGCUACCAAAUGUACACCCGCGGCUACUGUCCCUCGGGGAAGAUCAUCUACAUCGAGCCGAAGGGCAAGCACCCGGAAUGUGUGCCGAACCAGUGUGCCGACGGGAAGGUGCGCUUCAUGAACGUGUGCGCGGUGCUGAACCAGGAGCAUCAGCUGUGCCAUCUGGCCAACAUAAAGCUGGUGGUCGGCAUCGACGAGGAUACGCACGAGCUGGAGUGUGUUAACAUUUCCGACGUACCGUUCAACCGGACGCUGCUCAGCAGCCAGCGGGAAUCGGCGGGCGUAUGAAGAAGCACACAGGAGUGAAGCACACAGUUCCUCCAGUGCCGUAUGCAAAAUACCGCGUCGCAGUUUCCUUUUUAGCACCUUCGACAAAUCGUUCAGUUCCCGAACCGUUUGUCCCACAACCGCGAAACAUUCAAAUUAUAGGUAACCGCCGGCUUGAUGUAAACGGAAGUAAAUGCAUGUUCCCCACGCUCGUUUCAUCUGACAACGGGCAUUGAGCUAGAAAAGAGAAAAAAAGAAGAAUAUAUUACAAUAAAGUGACUAUUUUAGAUGGAA